CACUAACCCCCAACCCCUCCCCUACUGUGUCUUGCGCGUGCCCGCGAGCAGAUCACCGUCGCCUGUUCUCAAGUGUGCGCGCGCCCCCUCAGACGACCUGCACUUGACUACCAACGGCAGUAAAAAAACAAACCAGCAGCCACAACCCUGCUCCGUUUUCCAGAAGCCCGACUGAGCCUUUCUUGACGUUGGUCGUCAUGGGCAAGGAGAAGGUCCACAUCAACAUCGUGGUGAUCGGCCAUGUGGACUCUGGCAAAUCCACCACCACGGGCCACCUCAUUUACAAGUGUGGCGGCAUCGACAAACGAACUAUCGAGAAGUUUGAGAAGGAGGCUGCCGAGAUGGGGAAGGGAUCGUUCAAGUACGCAUGGGUGUUGGACAAGUUGAAGGCCGAAAGGGAGCGUGGCAUCACCAUCGACAUCUCGCUGUGGAAGUUCGAGACAACCAAGUACUAUGUGACGAUCAUCGACGCUCCUGGCCACAGGGACUUCAUCAAGAACAUGAUCACAGGGACAUCGCAGGCUGAUUGCGCCGUGCUGAUCGUGGCUGCUGGUGUGGGGGAGUUUGAGGCUGGCAUCUCCAAGAACGGGCAGACCCGUGAACACGCCCUGCUGGCCUACACGCUGGGCGUGAAGCAGCUCAUCGUGGGUAUCAACAAGAUGGACUCCACCGAGCCCAACUACAGCCAGAAACGCUAUGAGGAAAUCGUCAAGGAAGUCAGCACCUACAUCAAGAAGAUAGGCUACAAUCCGGACACCGUGCCUUUUGUGCCCAUCUCCGGGUGGAAUGGCGAUAACAUGCUUGAUGCCAGCCCCAAUAUGCAAUGGUUUAAGGGGUGGAAGAUCAACAGAAAGGAUGGCAACGCAUCAGGGACCACGCUGCUGGAAGCCCUGGACGCCAUCCAGCCACCCACCCGUCCAACAGACAAACCUCUCCGUCUGCCCCUUCAGGAUGUUUACAAGAUUGGAGGUAUCGGCACUGUUCCGGUAGGCCGUGUGGAAACAGGCAUCCUAAAGCCUGGCAUGGUGGUGACCUUUGCCCCCGUCAACAUAACCACCGAGGUGAAGUCGGUGGAGAUGCACCAUGAGGCGCUCUCUGAGGCCCUGCCCGGUGACAACGUUGGCUUCAAUGUCAAAAACGUGUCCGUCAAGGACAUCCGUCGCGGGAAUGUGGCCGGUGACAGCAAGACUGAUCCGCCGCAGGAGGCUGCCAGCUUCACUGCUCAGGUCAUCAUCCUUAACCACCCAGGCCAGAUCAGUGCUGGCUACGCCCCUGUGCUGGACUGUCACACGGCUCACAUCGCCUGCAAGUUCGCCGAGCUCAAGGAAAAGAUUGACCGCCGCUCUGGCAAGAAGCUGGAGGACAACCCAAAAUCCCUCAAGUCUGGAGACGCGGCCAUCGUUGAUAUGACUCCGGGCAAGCCCAUGUGUGUCGAGAGCUUCUCUGAGUAUCCCCCACUGGGUCGCUUCGCAGUGCGUGACAUGCGACAGACGGUGGCCGUGGGAGUCAUCAAGGGUGUGGAGAAAAAGGCCUCUACCACUGGCAAAAUCACUAAGUCUGCCCAGAAGGCCCAGAGGAACAAAUGAAUGUUGUGCUACGCUGCCGACCCCAAGGUCUCCCAAGGCAGGACAUCAGUCAUCCGGCUCCAUCCCAAGAUUGGCUGCUUCAACUUACUAACCAAAAACAGGUUAAUCAUCACAAUGCAUCGCAAGACCAUCCGGAGAAAAGAAAAAUGUAGAUCUGCUGACUCCUAUCGUAGUUGGAUUACCAUGAUAUACAAUGUAAUAACACAUAGUUUUAAGUGUGCACUGUUCAUUUGAUUCAUGGCAAUACCAUUCUGUGAUCGCGUUAAAUUCGUGGUAUUCCAAUCUAUCACCAAGCUAUCUAUACCCUUGUGCACAGGUACUGUUUACAUGGUUGUCCUUCGUGUCUGUUUUACGUUACACUGCGCUACGUAUGAGCCCAGGACUAGGAGUUAAAACUACUGUGUGUUUUUCUGAGUAUUAAGUAGGUAGGACGUAAUGUUUUGUUGUGGUUAAGCUUUAACUGGCAUUUAAAACAAAUGACAUUGUGUGUCCUUCCCAAGGGAGCUCCAAGUAAGACUCCCAAUUCUUUAAGCACUUUCAUUGGCACUUUGCUAACUUUGCACAUGUCAUGGAGAUGUAUUCCAAAAUUGACUAAAGCUAUUGCACCUUACUGUGUAGGAUGGCACAAGCUGCUUUGAGACAUUAAACACAAUUACACUCAGCAUGUUGCGCUGUGGUCCUCUGA